UGCCUCAUCUCAUCCACCCUCGGCGUCGACAGCAAGCACCAUGGCGUCGACAUUCAACCUCCUGACCGCAGGCGCGCGGUUUAACAAGUCGCGCUUCCAGAAGGACAUGGAGCUCUUUGAGAAGAAGGAGCGCAAGGGCAAGGGCAACGACAAGGCAAAGAGGAAAGACGUCGCGCUCCCCUCCUCGCUCAACUUCUUCGGCGACCGCUCAGCUGCACCGAAGACUGAGCCCGAACCCCAGUCCGAGUCGGAGGACGAGGACUUUGACUCUGUACCCGAUAUCCCAGAACCUCCCAAGCAGAAAAUCACGCUCACUGGCCCCGACCCGCUUCCCUCUUCCCUCGGCACCGACCUCCCGGCCCUCUUCAAGGACGAGUCGCCCCUCCGCAAGCCGCUUAUCCGCGCGCUGAACGCGGCCAACAUCCACAGCUUGUGGGGUGUGCAGUGUGCCGUCUCCGGCUCUCUCCUCGCCGGGCACGACACCAUGUGCAUUGCGCCCACUGGGAGCGGUAAGACGCUCUCCUACCUCCUCCCCACACUGGUGCAGCUUCGGCAGCCGGCACGAAAGCUCGGAGAAGAAGGGAAAGGUAUCCGCGCCCUCAUUCUUGUGCCUACCCACGACCUUGCCGUGCAGAUCCACGGCGUGCUCAAGGCCAUCACGGCUGGGCAAAAGUGGCGCUGCAUGGUAUUGAGCAAGGCGACGCAGAAGGCCGUGUGCGACAGUGCGCCGGGGCGCAACUCGGGGUCUGACGAGGAGGAAGAGAAGGAGGAGAGCGAGGGGGAGGAGGAGGAGGGGGGUCUUGGCAUCGACGUGCUCGUCGCUACGCCGGAGCGGUUGCACCACCUCUUGGACGAAGGAAGGGUGUCGCUCGCAAGCACGCGCCACCUCAUUCUCGACGAGUCUGACCGUCUACUCGGUCCGGACUUCCUUCCGCAGGUCGAGCCAAUCGUGGAUGCAACAGGCGAGGAGGUGCAGAAGGCACUCUUUUCCGCCACGAUGCCCGCCGGCGCUGAGGAGCUCGCGCGGCGAUGGCUCAAGGACGGGGGUGUGCGGGUUGUGGUGGGAGUGAAGGACUCAGCGGUCACCACAGUUGACCAGUCGCUCCUCUUCACCGGGUCAGAAGCAGGCAAGACGCUCGCGCUCGCCAACCUCAUCGCCGAGGGCGGGCUGCCGUACCCGUCGCUCAUCUUCGUGCAAUCCAUCGAACGCGCAGAUGAGCUGUCAAAGCAGCUGGUGCUGGACGGCGUGCGCGCUGAAGCCGUGCACUCCGGACGAGGGAAGAGCAAGCGCGAUGCGGCGAUCGACGCGUUCCGCCGCGGCGACGCGUGGGUGUUGGUGGUCACGGACGUGCUGGCGCGCGGGAUGGACUUCCGCGGCGUCAAGGUGGUUGUGAACUAUGACUUCCCCCAGACGGUCCAGAGCUACAUCCACCGCAUCGGGCGCACCGGGCGCGCGGGACGCCCCGGGAAAGCGCUCACAUUCUUCAGCAACGAAGACGCGCCGUACCUCCGCACCAUCGCGAACGUGCUGCGCGCCAGCGGCUGCCCCGUGCCCGAGUACAUGCUGCAGCUGAAGAAGCCGAGCAAGAACCAGAAGCGCAAGCUGGCCAAGGCGCCGGUUGAGCGCAAAGCGGUGGGCGGGGGCGGGCGCGACGUCGCAGCAGAAAACGCGAAGCGGAAGCGCGCCAUGAUCGAGGGGAGCAAGCGGCGCAAGGUGAAGGCGUAGGCGAUCCAGAUGUAUUCUUAGUUC